ACUUCAUCUCACUUUCAUUGCCAAAUCAUCAAAAAGAAGCCAUUUUUGGUUGGAGCUCGUGUGGCUCAACAAUCAAAAAAAAAUAUUAUUUUGUGGAGCUGGUCAUUGUAAAAUGAGCCCACACAUCAUCGCUACUGUAACCAUCGACGACGAGCAUCAUCAUCAUCAUCACCGCAGCAACGAGAACUACUCUCCAUCAUCCCAAGACAUGGACUCCCCAAAGCCAAAGGGACGCAUCCUUUACUGCCGAAAGUGCGAAGGACACGGCGAGAAGGUGAUCCUCAAGAAUCACUCACCACAGUGCCCAUAUAUUCUGUGCAAUUGCAAAUCGUGCGAGAAGCUAAACUACAAGCGCCUGAAGUCGUUCAACAAGAGAAAUAAGGAAAAGAUCGAGUUGGCAGCAGCUCUGAAUGCAAAGAGACAUGCUCCAGAAUCCGGAUCCAGUGUUGACGAUGAAGAAGGCUUCUCCCGCCGUUCCUCAUUCUGCUCAAAAACUUCAACACCAGACAUGGACUCGGAGACGAGAACCUCAUCGACGACUCCUAUCACUCGUUCCAACUCCACAAUGCCCACAGCUAAUGGUCUUGAAGGACGAAGUGGCUCACUUGGGCACAUGACAGUCAUGUCCUAUGAUAUUUGGAAGGCCAAGUGUGCAUCAGAGAGAAAGAGGCUUGAAGAGGAGAGACUCACAAAGCCUGAACUAUUCACCCGAUCUCCAUCACCUGGCCCAAUGAGGAAGCGUGCUCACACAUUUGUUGCUCCGCCAACGAUUCACACGCCAGACAUCCCGGUUGUCGCCGCAAAGAAGAUGUCACUUGAUGAGAAGGUGAAGGGCAAAUUCAUCACACUUCCGACGAUUCCUGCGAUGAGAAUUUUUGUGAACGAGGAGGAUGAAGAUGUGAAGCCAGUGACACAAAUGCAAUUGGCUCAGCCGAUCGCUUUAACUCCAUCACCACAAAUGUCACUGGCCUCCACACUUGCUCAGAUUCCAAUGUCUACUCCGGUUUGUAUGCCUUCAAUGAUCACGCCGACGUCUUUCCUGGACAUUCCAUCGACCUCGAGUCCAAUGCUGCCAUUCCAAAUCUCCACGACGACUUCUCCGAUGCUUCAGCGUCAGACACCAAUCUUGACACCACAGAUGUCUCCAUUCAAACCAGUCGGAGUCGCUACUCCACAGCCACCUGCGCUAAGCAACUUGUCUGCUGGACAGGAGCUAUCCUCAUUCAUCCUUCAUUCCGUCGUACUUCAAGCUCAACAAGCACAACAGAAGACUGCACAACAGUUGAUCCCGACUUCUAUGCCAUCAGAGUUGGAAUCAACACUUUCUCUUCUCCGCUUGCAACAAUCAUCGUUGGGUGAUUUGAUCAAGCUCAGUGGAAUCCAACUUCCAACUCUUCCAACCACUCAGCCAAUGCUCACACCUCAAAUGCCAACACUUCCGAUGAUGCAGAAAGCGUUGCCGACUGUUUUGCCAGGAUCCUUCCAGCCCUUCCUUCAACCCACACUCUUUACCAACCCGGUCUAAGUCAAAGAAUCUUCUAGAAUUCCACCAAAAAAACCCCCGAUCAUAAUACGAUUCGCUCUACUCCGUUCAUCUCUUUACUCAUCGUCUAGUCCUUUCACACCCCAAUUCCUGCACCUACGGUGUUUUUUUGCCAUCUUUUCAUACUUUUUACUAUCUCUUCGCUUUUACCCAUUUCCAGUUCCUCUCUCUCUCUUUUGCUCUCAGGCUAUAUGUGAUAUUCACAUUUUUCUCCGUUUCACCUCUUUCCCCCGUUGUACAUCCCUCUCCCACAACAACACCGUCUCAUUUAAUUAAAUAAUAAUAUUAUUUUCUUGCAAUCUUCAAAAUAAAAGAAAUCAGAAAUC